UCUUCACUUGCAAAAAACUCUAAAAUCCGCUCCAAAUUCCCCAAAGUCCCUAAUUUCCAUACCAAAAAGCUUUAGAGAAUCGUAAUUCCCGAUACUCAGAUGCAGAAAGCCCUCUCUCAGCCUCCGACGGGGUCGGCGAUGCUGGCCCAGAAGCCCCAGAAAACCCCUGCUGAGAUCGAGGACAUAAUCCUCCGCAAGAUCUUCUUGAUUUCCCUCACCGGCUCUGCCUCUUCCGAUCCGAAGGUCGUCUACCUCGAGCUGACCGCUGCUGAAAUUCUCAGCGAAGGCCGCCCGCUUCUCCUCUGCCGUGAUUUGCUGGAGAGGGUUCUGAUUGACCGGCUGUCCCAAAAUUUCCCAGGUGCUGACCCGCCUUUUCAUUACCUGGUCGGAUGCUACCGGCGUGCCUAUGAAGAGGGGAAGAAAGUCGGCUCGAUGAAAGACAAGGGACUCCGGUCGGAGAUGGAAUCCGUCAUCCGGCAGGCAAAGAAGCUGGCAGUUUCCUACUGCCGCAUCCAUUUGGGAAUUCCCGACACGUUUGCGAGUGGUGAUGGUGUGAAGGACAGGAAGCUUUUGCUGCCUUUGAUUUUCUCAGAGGUUUCGAGCGCAGUGGAUGGGUUUGGGGGGAGUAGUUCAGGUGCUGGUGGAUUGAGUUGCCCACCUGGUUUUCUAGAGGAAUUCUUCAGGGACUCGGAUUCAGAUAGCUUGGAGCCUAUCUUGAGUGAUUUGUAUGACGGUCUGAGGCAUAGCGUUCUGAAUGUUUCUGCUCUCGGAAACUUCCAGCAGCCAUUGAGAGCGCUGAUGAUGUUGGUCACAUUUCCAAACUGUGCAAAGUGUUUGGUAGCUAACCGGUGGUGGAUUCCAAAGGGGGCCUAUGUGAAUGGACGUGUGAUGGAGAUGACAAGCAUUUUGGGGCCCUUUUUUCACGUCAGUGCACUUCCUGAUCCUGGUAUUUUUAAAAGCCAGCCGGAUGUUGGCCAACAGUGCUUUUCAGAAGCAUCAACUCGUCGACCGGCUGAUUUGAUGUCUUCUUUGACAACAAUUAGGACUGUGAUGAACAACUUAUAUGAUGGCCUUAGGGAAGUCCUGCUUGCACUUCUGAAAAAUACAGAUACCCGAGAAAGUGUUCUUGAGUAUCUUGCAGAGUUGAUCAAGAGGAAUGCAUCGAGGUCUCAUAUACAGGUGGAUCCACUAUCUUGUGCAAGUUCUGGCAUGUUUUUCAAUUUUAGUGCAGUCAUGCUUCAGCUGUGUGAGCCCUUUCUAGAUGCAAAUCUAACAAAAAGAGACAAAAUUGACCCAAAGUAUGUGUUUUAUAAUAGCCGGUUGGAUUUAAGAGGGUUGACAGCUCUCCAUGCAUCAUCCGAGGAGGUUGCAGCAUGGAUUGGCAAAGAUAAUUGUGAGAAAAUUGAUGGACUUAGUCAUAGAAGUGAUGAAGAGAAUCGAUUAUUACAGUCUCAAGAAGCUACAAGCUCUGGCAAUAGUACAAGUUCUGUUCUUUCUAAAGCCAAGCCACUUUCUAGUUGUGGUGUAAAGAAUAAGUACCCAUUUAUUUGUGAAUGUUUCUUCAUGACUGCACGGGUGCUCAAUUUGGGGCUCCUGAAAGCAUUUUCAGACUUCAAGCAUCUAGAUCAGGACUUGUCUAGGUGCAAGGAAACAUUGUCAACCCUUAAAGCCAUGCAGGGGCAGGGAGCCUCUCCACAACUAGAGCUGGACAUAGCUCGCCUUGAAAAGGAAAUUGAGUUAUAUUCACAGGAGAAGCUGUGUUAUGAAGCUCAAAUGAUGGAUGGGGCACUUCUUCAGCGUGCACUAUCUUUCUACAGGUUAAUGGUGGUUUGGUUGGUUGGUUUGGUUGGAGGAUUUAAAAUGCCUCUGCCAUCACAGUGCCCAAUGGAAUUUGCAUGUAUGCCAGAACACUUUGUCGAAGACGUCAUGGAAUUGCUUAUUUUUGCUUGUCGAUUCCCAAAAGCUUUGGAUGGAUUUAUGCUGGAAGAAUUUUUGAACUUUAUUAUCAUGUUCAUGGCAAGUCCGUCAUAUGUCAGAAACCCCUACUUGAGGGCCAAGAUGGUGGAAGUCCUGAAUUACUGGAUGCAAAUUAGUCGUUCAUCUGGUAGUCUUUCAUCUGGCAUACCUUCCAGCAUUUCAUCUGCCAUACUUGCCCUUUUUGAAGGGAACCAACUAGCUCUUGAGUAUUUAGUCCGGAAUCUUCUGAAUCUUUAUGUGGAUAUUGAAUUUACCGGUUCUCAUACACAGUUCUAUGACAAGUUCAAUAUUCGCCAUAAUAUCGCUGAACUUCUGGAGUACCUAUGGAAUGUGCCUAGCCAUUGCAAUGCAUGGAGACAGAUUGCAAGAGAAGAGGAGAAGGGAGUGUAUUUGAACUUUCUGAAUUUCUUGAUCAAUGAUAGCAUCUAUCUUCUUGAUGAAAGUCUUAAUAAAAUCCCUGAAGUCAAAGGGAUAGAAGCCGAGAUGGCUAAUACUGCAGAGUGGGAGCGAAGACCAGCUCAAGAGAGGCAGGACAGGACACGCUUGUUUCAUUCUUUGGAGAAUAUCAUUCGAAUUGAUAUGAAAUUGGCAAAUGAAGAUAUCGGGAUGUUAGUAUUUACGUCGGAACAGAUUUCUGCUCCGUUCCUUCUUCCAGAGAUGGUUGAUAGAGUGGCAAGCAUGCUCAAUUACUUCUUGUUGCAACUUGCGGGCCCUCAACGUAAUACUCUUACUCUGAAAGACCCAAAGAAGUAUGACACAUACGGGUUCCAACCAAAGGAACUGCUAAAGAAAAUUGUCAGAAUAUAUGUUCAUGUUGCAAGAGGAGACAAGGAAAAUGUAUUCCCAAGUGCCAUCUCGAAGGAUGGGCGUUCAUACAACGAACAGUUGUUUGCUGAUGCAACAGAUGUUCUGCGGAAAAUAGGUGAAGAUAUAAGGGUGAUUCAGGAGUUUGUUGAGCUUGGUGCAAAAGCAAAAAUGGCAGCUUCUGAUGCAAUGGACAUUGAAGCUGUCCUUGGAGAAAUACCGGAUGAAUUUCUUGACCCCAUUCAGUAUACUUUGAUGAAGGAUCCCGUCAUCUUACCUUCAUCGAGAAUCACAGUUGAUAGGCCAGUAAUCCAGAGACAUCUGCUCAGUGAUAAUAGUGAUCCAUUCAACCGAUCACACCUUACUCAAGACAUGCUUAUUCCGGAUGUUGAACUGAAGGCAAGGAUUGAAGAAUUUGUAAGAGCACAGGAGUUGAAGAAGCAAAGCCAAGGGCUAGCACUGGACAUGCAAAGUUCUGAGGUAGAUUUCCAAAACACAAAAGGUAAAAUUACUUCAGCUGAUUGGAACCCAAUGGAACAAUAGCUUUUCUUUCAAGUGCUCUUUCAUUCGGUUCCUAAGUGGAGCUCUGGUUGCGAACAUCCUGCCGUGAGAAAAUCCACUGAAGCUGCUCAAUUCUCAUAUCAGCAUAUAUGAUGGAAAUUCACUGUUGUCCUGUUCAUGAAGAACAGGGUUGCCUUGCCAUGGGAACAUGAAAAGCGAAAAUAGAAGUCGCUUUUCCAUCUAUAUGUCUACACACACACACACACACACCCAAUGAUGAUGAUAUUAGUUGAAUGGUGAAUUAUAGGUUUUGAAGCUGAAUAGUUUCACUUUUGUAUCUAUUAAUGGAAAUAUUUAAUGAACAGUCAGUUAUGUUUUA